GCUAUAUAAAUCGGCUGGUGGGACUCUGAGACGCCAUUUAACAAAGUAACAUCAUCUCGUGCACGAUCUGAGAGAGAGACAGUGACAUCUAGAUUCGAAGAGAGAGACAAAGAGGGACUGAUCCAACCAGUGGCAGCAGGAUGAAGAUUCUUGCUCAUCUGGGCAUCCUUGUUCUCCUAGUGUCCAGCAUCCUGGCACAGGAGGAGUCCCAAAGGAUAGCACCUCGUCAACGACCUCACCAGAGGAGGCUGAAAAAAGUGCAACAAAACGCGCAGGACGAAAUCCAGGACACUGCUGAAGCACAAUACCCCAACAUCCCCCAGCAGUUCAACUCCCCCAACAACUUCAACAACCGAAAGUACCAGCCUCAGGAUUUCGGCAAAUUCGGGCCACAAAAUGGAGGCGGCGAUUUUGGAAAAUUCGGGCCACAAAAUGGCGGCGGCGAUUUCGGAAAAUUCGGAGCACAGAAUGGCGGUGAUUUCAAAUUCGCAAACCCACCUGUCCCCUCGCCCACACCGGCUGCCCCCCACUAUUCGGCCACGCCCCCUUUUCCGCAACAAAAUCAGCAGUAUCAGCAGAAUCAAAGGAAUCAGCAGAACCAGCAAAACCAGCGAAAUGAGCCGGAUCAGCAGUAUCCAGUGACUAGUGCACCGGGAAGGUUGGAUUUUGUGACUCCGAUUCCGAUCAUUCGUUUCGAUAAGGUGCAGUCGAAUGAUGGGAGCUACAAAGCCAGUUACGAAACCGGCAACAACAUAGUAGCCGAAGAGACAGGAUUCCUGAAGAACGUCGGAAUUAAGGACGAGGAAGCUCUGGUGCAGCACGGGUCGUACUCGUACACGGCGCCGGACGGAUCACUGAUCACGGUCACGUACACGGCUGACGAGGGGGGCUUCCGUGCCGAGGGCGCUCAUCUGCCGACUCCGCCCCCUGUUCCCCCUGAAAUCCAAAAAUCACUCGACAUCAUUUAUGAACAGAUAAGACUGGAUGCUGAAAGAGAAGCGAGAGGGGAGAAGAGGCCAGACUACAAUCAAGAUGGUGACAACUAUCCCACCCAGAUAAAAUUAAGGAAAUAAAUUAUUGAUCUCUAGUUUUAGUAAUUUUAUAAAUAAAAUCUGGAAACUA